AGCAACUUUAACAAACAUAUAAAAGCUCUGCGCUGACGUUCUGGAAUGAGGUGCAUUCACUAUCAUGAAUUUAAAAACCAUAUUAGAAAAGCUUGAGGUACCGGACGAUGCAGAGAACGUAGGGGAGCGAUCUAUGUGGACCAAUGCUGAUCUUGCUCCAGUGCCUCAUGAUCGCAGAACCUGGACAGCAUGGAACUACGUUGCUUAUUGGAUCGCUGAUUGUCUUAACGUCAACACAUGGAUGAUUGCUGGAUCGCUUAUAGCUACAGGCAUGACCUGGUGGCAAGCACUGAUUUCCGUAGCUGUUGGCUAUGGCAUUUGUGCUGUUGUGUUGGUCCUCAACGGCAUUUCUGGAGCAGAAUACCAUGUUGGAUUUCCAGUUAUCUGCAGAUCAUCUUUCGGCCUUGCCGGGUCUUUCAUUCCUGUUCUGAACCGCGUUAUUAUGGCGUGUGUCUGGUAUGGCGUCCAAGCUUGGAUUGGCGGAGAGUGUGUGUACCAAAUGUUACGUGCCAUCGCACCAAGUAUAGAUAACGUUCCAAAUACCUUCCCCGACUCCAGUGGUACCACCACAAAAGCUUUCAUCGGCUUUAUCGUGUUUUGGUUUGUUUCCCUGUUCGCAAUUUGGGUCCCCGUUGAUCGCAUCAGACAUCUUUUUACUGUCAAAUCCAUUUUGCUGCCUAUUGCUGCUUUCUCCCUGUUCAUAUGGUCUAUCGUAAGAGCCCAUGGUCUCGGUCCCAUCAUCAGCCAACCCGCUACAUUUACAUCAUCAGAUCAAGCUGCCUGGGCCAUCAUUAAUGGAAUCACCGGUUGUAUGGGCAACAUGGCCGCUUUGAUUAUCAAUACACCAGAUUUUACUCGAUACGCAAGAAAACCCAGUGAUAUCUAUUACUCACAACUGGUUACCAUGCCUGUUGGCUUCUUCAUUACUUCGUUCAUUGGUGUGGUUGUAACAUCCUCUGCUCAAUAUAUCUAUGGUGAAGCAAUUUGGGAUCCUCUUCAGUUACUGGAAAAGAUCGAUAGCCGACCGGCUGUAUUUUUCAUCGCCUUGGCUUUUGCGCUCGCUACUUUGGCUACCAACUUGUGCGCCAAUUCUAUUCCCGCUGGUGCUGAUAUGUCAGCUUUGCUCCCUCGGUAUAUCAACAUUCGUCGUGGUGGUUAUGUUUGCGCCAUCAUUGGUAUUUGUAUCACACCAUGGAAGCUCUUGUCAGGUGCUAGCAACUUCUUAAACUUCUUGAGUGCCUAUGCUGUUUUCCUUGGCCCCAUUUGCGGCGUGAUGGUUGUUGAUUAUUUCUUGGUCAAGCGAAGACAUUUGAUCGUUCAAGAUCUUUACAAUCCAGAUGGCAUUUACUGGUACACAUGGGGUAUCAACUGGCGUGGUUAUGCUGGAUAUAUUGGUGGUAUUGCCCCCAAUUUGCCUGGUUUCAUCGGUGCUAUGGGCUAUGAAGUUCCCAUCGGUGCUACUAGACUCUAUUCCUUUGCUUGGAUUUUGGGCUUCCUAGUUGGUGGUAUCAUCUACUAUGUUUGUAACUUGCUGUUCCCUUGCAAGUGGAUUAUCGAAGAACGACGCAAGGAGGUCCGAUAUGAUGUUGAGGACAAGCCCGGAGCCAGGGCUAACGACCCCACCCGUGAACAACGACUGAGUAAUCCCCCUAGCGAUUGGUCUGUUCAUGAUAGUGAAAAAUCGGCAGAGCGAAAUGAGUGAUUGCUGGAAAAUCCAUUUUGUAUGCCUGGACGGCACUGAUACCUCUUUUUUUUUUUUAAUCGUGUAUAGUGUAACAUCAAUAACCUUUUGUAAUUACCUGUUAUUUGACUCUCAUUCUGAGAUGUGUCAUCUGGAUAUACAUCUAAUCAUGUCCACCUUAUUUUCAACAACUUCAACCAAUUUGUAAAAAAAUAAAUUUACUGUCAUGCUUGAUGAAUUUAUUCCACCAA